AUGCGUAUCAUUAAGCCGUCAUGGCUAAGCCAUCAAGGUGAACACAAGGACUUUGAGGUCUACAGCUGUCAUGUUUCCCCCGACGGCAAGAGGUUGGCGACAGCAGGUGGAGAUGGCCACGUUCGUGUGUGGUCGACCGAGUCCAUUUACAAUGCCGACGACAGGACAUAUACAAAACCCCGACAGCUAUGUCACAUGAGCCAUCAUCUGGGUACGAUCCACUCGGUGCGCUUUUCUCCCAACGGUCGCUUUCUCGCAUCGGGCGCCGACGACAAGAUAAUAUGCAUAUAUCAACUCGAGAGCGGCCCUCCGACGGUCGCAACUUUUGGCACCAACGAACCACCCCCCGUCGAGAACUGGAAGACGUCGCGCCGACUGGUUGGCCACGAGAACGAUGUGCAGGACCUGGCGUGGUCGUAUGAUGGCUCUGUUUUGGUCUCGGCCGGACUUGAUUCUAAGAUUGUCGUCUGGUCGGGGCACACGUUCGAGAAGCUCAAGGUGCUUACUAUUCACCAGAGCCAUGUCAAGGGCAUCACCUUCGACCCUGCCAACAAGUUCUUCGCAACGGCCGGCGAUGAUAGGACUAUCAGGAUCUUCCGCUUUACAUCCCCUGCGCCAAAUGCGACGCAACAUGACAUGAUCAACAACUUCCAGCUCGAGACCACCAUCACUGCCCCUUUCAAGUCUUCCCCAUUGACGACAUACUUCCGGAGAUGCUCGUGGUCUCCGGAUGGUAACCACAUCGCUGCCGCGAAUGCCGUCAACGGACCCGUCAGCUCGGUGGCAAUUAUUGAGCGCUCAAGAUGGGAUAGCGAGAUCAACCUCAUCGGUCACGAGGGUCCAACCGAAGUCUGCAUGUUCUCGCCUCGACUUUUUCACACUACGAAGCCGUUGGAAAACGGGGCAACUAAUGGCCAUGCCCCUGGAGCACUCGUGACUGUUAUCGCAUCGGCAGGCCAGGACAAGACCUUGAGCAUAUGGAAUACGAACACUAGCAGGCCAGUAGUCAUUCUUCAGGACUUAGCCGCAAAGUCAAUAUCAGAUCUGGCCUGGACGCCAGAUGGGCAGACAUUGUUUGCCGCAAGUCUAGAUGGCGGCAUCGUUGCAGUGCAAUUCGAAACAGGCGAGCUAGGUUGGGUCGCUAACCUCGAGGAGACGGACAAGGCGUUGUCCAAGUAUGGUGCGUCUAGGAAGGCCAUGGGUAUCGCCGAGGAUGUUGACGGCCUUUUGCUCGAGAAUCACAGCAAAGAAGGGGAGCGACGUGGCGCCGAGUCUAGAAUGGGUGCCCUGAUGGGCGACAUUCCACUUUCCAAGGAUGCAGCAGCAGCAGCAACAGCAGCAACUACGAACGGGGCGAAAACGGGUACAGCGACGCCGAAUAAUGCGCCGACACCUAAUGGACAGCUAGAAGCUGACGCCUCGAAAGAGACAGAAAAGGAGACGUGUGCUACAGCUCAAGAGGCCGCUGAUAAGGCGACCCAAAGGGUGAACGAGCUCAAGUCGCGAGUGACGAUCGGAAAAGAUGGAAAGAAAAGGGUCGCGCCUAUGCUCAUCUCAUCAUCUGGAACCGGGCAAUCGUCACUACCCCAAACUCAACUGGUGGGAUCCAGCUCUACCAAAGCUACACAAAACGAUGCGCCGCAGACUAUUCUUGAUCUGUCAAAACCCUACGACGGACUUCCUGAAGGCGGUCUCGCGUCGAUGCUUCUGGGAAACAAGCGGAAAUCUAUCGCUACCGAUGACGACGAUGACGAGCACGCAAGCAAGCGGCCGGUCACCACACCAAGAACUAUUAUGAGGAACGGAGCGGAUGGACUUGAGCCCGCCGUUUUGGAACCUCCCAAGCAUGGGUUGGUACCCACACCAGAAUAUCUUCGACCUGCUAUUCUCAACCCUUCGAUUGCCAUCUCCCAAGUCCGCCUUGCAGUGCCCAAGGUAAGGUCGCAUAUUCUUCGGCCUCUGGAAAGAGGCACUCUGCUUGAGGACACAACACUUGAGGAAGCAUCGAAAGUGCCCGAGAACAUCGUAUUGGAAGCAAAGAAUCCGGUGUCGAUUAGAGACCCAUCGCACAUUACUGCAUCCAAGCGGGGGGGCGUUUUGUGGCAGGACUUCCUCCCCCGAGCAAUCGUGCUCGUGACAGGCAACAAAAGCUUCUGGGCAGCGGCUUGCGAAGAUGGUAGUCUAUAUACAUGGACGCCCGCUGGCCGCCGGUUAAUCAACGCCCUAGUACUGGAGGCUCAGCCGGUUAUCCUGGAAUGCCGCGGCUGGUGGCUCCUUUGCAUUACAGCCGUAGGUAUGUGUCACGUCUGGAAUAUCAAGACCCUUUCUUCCCCUCAUCCCCCAUGCUCUCUUGCCCCCGUCCUCGAAAUUGCCAUCCACUCGCUGCAACCACAUGCAGCCAUGCCUGCUCCCGGUGUGACGUCAGCUCAUCUAAACUCCAACGGCCACAUUAUCGUCACACUCACAAAUGGAGAUGGUUAUUACUACUCUCCAAGUCUGUAUUCGUGGCAACGGCUUUCGGAAGCCUGGUGGGCGGUCGGUAGUCAGUACUGGAACAGCAACGACUCUUCCAUCAGCUCGUUGCAGUCUACAGCUGUGGGCUCGAUAACCGCUAAAGACGGCAAGAGUGAAGAAGCAUCUGUAUCGGCUGGCAUCAUCCCCUUCCUGGAAAGGCACACGACCAACGAGUUCCUACUGAAGGGAAGGGCAUAUACACUCCAAAGACUGAUCAAAAAUUUACUCUCCAGAGAUGGGCUUGAGUCGUUUGAGUCGAGUGUCAGCAUUGCCCAUCUGGAGAACCGCAUUGCCGGGGCUCUCCAACUGGGUUCCAAGGAGGAGUUUCGGCUUUACCUCUUUAUGUAUGCCAAGCGAAUCGGUGCAGAGGGUCUGCGAGGGAAGGUGGAAGAGCUCCUUAAUAGUCUCCUGGGUGGAAUUCUACAGGACAAGAAAGCCGGUGAUAAUGAACAAGGAAAGGGGUGGUUCAGCAAAGACGAUGUGAUUUGCGAGUGGGACAGGAAGGAGCUGCUGAAAGGAGUGGUCAUGAUCCUUGGCAAAUUCAGGGAACUUCAGCGUCUCACUGUACAAUACGCACGCGUCCUUGACCUUACACUUGAGGACGAUGAGACUGGAGACGCCAUGGUGGUGGAAAUAUGA